CAUCUGGCCGAGUUGGAUGGAAAGGGAAGGGAGGGAGGAAGGAAAGAAGGAAGUGGCCCGUCCUGCUAGCGAAGGCACCGCGCUGAGAAAUCGCGGCCGCAGGGAUCCAUCCAGGAGGAAGGAAGGAAGCUCUGCACCUUUUUGCCAAAUGCGGAAAACAAAACAAGGACCAUGUUUAUGGCUGGGUCACUCCCUCGUUCCAGAGGAAGGCCAAAGCGUACUGCUGGACCAGUUCAGAAAAGGGUGACUUUCAAAGACGUGGCUGUCUACUUCACGGAAGGACAGGGAUCUCUGCUGGACCCGGAUCAAAAGGCCUUGUAUAAAGAAGUCAUGAUGGAGAAUUAUGAAAAUGUGGUCUCAUUGGAGCUUCUUCUUUCCAAGCCUGCCCUCAUCUUUCAUCUGGAACAAGGAGAAGAGCCGUGGUUGACAGAUACUCGACCCUUUCGCUAUAGUUGCUCAGGUGGUUUCAGGAAGAAACAUGCAUGUCGUAAGUGCGGGAAAUCUUUCACUCAAAAGUCUGACCUCGUCAUACAUCGGGUAAUUCACAUCGGGAAAGCGGUAGCUUCCAACAAAGCAGACUGCAUCCUCAGCCGAAAGCCUCCCAUCCAACCGAAGCCACUUGUGGUAACUACUGUCCCGGUACAACCACCAACCACUUCCAGUAAGACAGUCUUUCUGCAGCCUGUUCCUGUGCCCCAGUCACAAUCUAUCAGCCCAGGAAUUUCAGUGUCAGGUCCGAUCAAGGUUCAAUCCCCUGUGAGUGAAGGUCUUCCAGCAAAACUGACUCCUUCCACCCCCAAACCGGAAGCCAAGAUAAUUGUCCCCGCACCAACACAAAUUGGACCCUGCAACCAAGAUGUCGAUAUCAAGGUCCUGAAACACCAGCAAAGAAUGAUGAAGAACCGCGAGUCAGCCUGCCAGUCACGGCAGAAAAAGAAAGAAUACCUUCAAGGGUUGGAGUCCCAAUUGCAGGAGGCUCUGACAGAGAAUGACCAACUGCGGCGGGAGAACACUCUCCUCCGUCGUCGCCUGGACUGAGUGCCUGCUGGGCAGAAAUGGGACUCCUUGAUCUUGCUAUGGGAACAUCAUCUGUAACCCUUAGAAAAGCAUUUACAGCACUGCACUUCCAAACAAUGCCAUCGGGCUGGCUAGAGGGAAGAUACAGAGGGAUCCCUCAUGCCCAAUGACUUUGUAUUUGUGGGUCGUGGGAAAGAGAGGAUGAAUACUCUAUCUGUUACAUUGCCCUUUGUAUAAUGAUCCUAGGAGCAAUAUUUUGGGAGCCCUUUUGAAAGAAAGGGCAUCAUGGCAACAGUCAGCUAUCUGUGACUUGUUAGUGGAUUAUUCCAAAAAUAUAACAUUAAAGGUUGCCACAUUUGCAGUUGCAGCCCAAAAAAUCCGAGCUAAGUUAGUGAAGUCCACAGCAGAGGCUAAAAAUAGAAAUGGAGACAGUUUGAGAUGAUACAAAUCAGACGUUAUUGUUAUCACGCCACUGCUACUGUAAUUUUAAAGAGCCAGCAUAUAGAAUAAGUUUUAAUGUUUAUAUUGGAAAGUGCUUAUUGUACUUUUUUUAGAUUGCAUAUUAUUUGAUGUCAUGGCCUCUGGCUGGUACAAUAAACAAUUCACAAUUGGAACGCCCCAA